AUGACCUGCUGCGAGGGAUGGACAUCCUGCAAUGGGUUCUCUCUGCUGAUUCUGCUUCUCUUGGGAGUAGUUCUCAAUGCAAUACCUCUGGUUGCCAACCUAGUGGAGGAAGACAAGUUUUUUGAAAACCCCAUCUCUUGCUUUGAGUGGUGGUUCCCAGGAAUUAUAGGAGCAGGUGUGAUGGUCAUUCCAGCAACAAUGAUGUCCUUGGCAGCAAGAAAAAGAGCUUGCUGCAACGACAGAACUGGAAUGCUUCUUUCAUCACUUUUGAACAUAAUCACAGUCAUUGGUGCUGUGUAUUGCAUGUUAGUAUCUAUCCAGGCUCUCGCAGAAGGUCCUCUCAUUUGUAACACUCAAAGCAACAGUGCAGCCACUUGUGAAUUUUCAUUGAAAAACUUAACUCACAUUCAUCCAGAAUCCUUCGAUCUGCAGUGGUUCUUCAGUGACUCUUGUCUAUCUCCUACUGGUUUCAAUAACUCCACCAUUAACUUCAGUUCUGAAGAAACCCAUAGGAUAAUCCACUUCUCAGUAUUUUUAGGUCUACUGCUUAUUGGAAUUCUUGAGCUGCUGUUUGGGUUCAGUCAGAUACUCAUUGGUUUCCUUGGCUGUCUGUGUGGAGUUUCUAAGCGAAGAAGUCAAAUUGUGUAG